AUGGUAUUCAAUGACAAGCAAGGAAUGAAAAUCGCUUUUGAGGAAGCUAAGAAGGGUAUGUAAGAAGCUCAAACUUUUUAACUGGCUUGUAUAUAAUAUGUACUGACAAAACAAGGUUACGAAGAAGGUGGGGUUCCAAUUGGCGGAGCAUUGAUUCAUGAGGAUGGUACCGUUUUAGGUCGUGGACAUAA